AACUAUUUCCUUUCUCUUCCUCAUGAUUUGUUUUCUUUUUUUCUUCUGGAAGUGUGCGACAGUAUAGCUUAUUGUCUUGAAUUUAACUUUUGGUUUUAGAUUGCUUUUUAGACGGGCUUAAUUUUUCUUCGUGCUCCCCAGAACAUUAAAAAUGUCUGAGGAGGUGCAGAAGCACUCUGUCCACACACUCGUGUUCAGGUCCCUGAAGAGAACACAUGAUAUGUUCGUAUCUGAUCACGCGAAACCGGUUUCCAUGGACGAACAGAGUCAUAAGGUGAAGAUGGCUGCCAAGCUACGCGCAGAAUACGGCGCUGUUCUGCAUAUGCCUGUUUUGAAAGAGGGGAAAGACAAAGGCUCCAGUCACGCAUCUGACCAGUAUAGUCCACAGGCGUACCCCGCACUUCCAGGUUUGGAUCCAGAGUAUCUCAUCACUGGAACUCAUCCUUAUCCAUCAGGACCCGGCGUAGCUCUAACAGCAGACACGCAGUUGCAGAAGAUGCCCAGUGAGGGCGCUGUUCAGUCACUGGCUCUGGCCCUGCCUCCUUCACAAUCCAGACAGCAGGCUAACAUCACUGCCGCGAGUGUGGCGGACAUUCACCGACAUGCCGGGAGUGCCGAGAGAUCGCAGGCCCCUCUACACGGCACGUCUCUCGUGGAGGUGGGGGGGAUGAAGAACUCCACUCUGAUGGCGAGGAAGGCCCCGACCAUGCCCAAGCCCCAGUGGCACCCCCCGUGGAAACUGUACCGGGUCAUCAGCGGCCAUUUGGGGUGGGUGCGGUCCAUAGCCGUGGAGCCGGGGAAUCAGUGGUUCGUCACCGGGUCAGCUGACCGAACCAUCAAGAUCUGGGACCUGGCCAGUGGGAAGCUCAAGCUGUCCCUCACGGGCCACAUCAGCACCGUCCGCGGGGUGGCCGUCAGCACCCGGAGCCCCUACCUCUUCUCCUGCGGAGAGGACAAGCAGGUCAAGUGCUGGGACCUCGAGUACAACAAGGUUAUCAGGCAUUAUCACGGCCACCUAAGCGCUGUGUAUGGCUUGGACCUGCAUCCCACCAUUGAUGUACUGGUGACGUGCAGCAGAGAUGCCACUGCCAGGGUUUGGGAUAUCAGGACCAAAGCCAACGUGCACACGCUCUCCGGCCACACCAACACUGUGGCUACUGUCAGGUGUCAGGCUGUGGAGCCGCAGAUCAUCACAGGCAGUCACGACACCACCAUCAGGCUGUGGGACCUCAUCGCGGGAAAGACCAGAGCCACGCUGACCAAUCACAAGAAAUCCGUCAGAUCCGUGGUCCUGCACCCCAGACUGUACACGUUUGCCUCUGGCUCCCCGGACAACAUUAAACAGUGGAAAUUUCCAGAAGGAAACUUCAUCCAGAACCUCUCGGGCCACAAUGCCAUCAUCAACACGCUGGCGGUCAAUUCUGACGGAGUGCUGGUCUCUGGAGCUGAUAAUGGCACCAUCCACAUGUGGGACUGGAGGACCGGCUACAACUUCCAGCGGAUCCACGCCGCGGUGCAGCCGGGCUCCCUGGACAGCGAGUCGGGCAUCUUCGCCUGCAUGUUCGACCACUCCGAGAGCCGGCUGAUCACCGCCGAGGCCGACAAGACCAUCAAAGUGUACCGAGAGGACGACACUGCGACUGAAGAAUCCCACCCAGUCAACUGGAAGCCCGAGAUCCUCAAAAGGAAGAGAUAUUAAAGCGGAACCAUGUUUUUCUUUUUUCCUGUUUCAUCAGUUUAAUUUACAAAUUGAAUACUUGUUUCUUCUGUCCCAGAAUAAAUGUUUUUUUUUUAUACGAGAAA